AUGAAAAAUCCCCCAACGGCACAGUCUCGAACACUGGGUCUGGGAAAGAGCAUGAAGAUGGUGGCAGCAGGAAGAGUCGCAGUCGGCUCGUUCUGCCGGCAUUGGGAUUCUUUGCCCUCACAAUCCCCCUCGGGUGAGUUUGCGAAGUAUAUCCUUGUUGGCAAGGAUCCAGUCUCAUCAACAUGCGCCAUAUUCAGACUCAUGCCAGCCGGCAAUGUCGCGAUCGAUCUGGACGAUCCAGACUGCGAACGAGCUAUCACCAGUUUACAAUUCAAGCAGCCACAGCUUCAAAUCGCACGAGCAUAUACAUGCCUCCCGCAGCAACAAGGCCAGCAUAUGGACGAGCUGAGAUUCCUCAUACGCAGAGAGCAGAAAGGUGAGGUGUCAAACUUUCUUCACAGGCUACCCAUUGGCGCAGAGAUCGAGGCACGAGGUCUUCAUGCCGAGUACAUCGUUCCAAAGGAUGUGAAGAGCGUUGUGUUUAUUGCUGGAGGUACUGGCAUUGCGCCUGCGUUGCAAGUGGCAGAUAUACUUGAAGGACAAGCGGAUAUGCACAUACUGUGGGCAAACAGGAAGAGAGAGGACUGCGUUGGUGGGCAUAGCGACACAAAGAGGAUAUCGAGUGGGAGCUGGUGGAGCUUUUCGCGAACGUCUCCUGGGGCAGAUACCAAGGUCGCAAAUGUGCAAAAGAGUGCGCUGGUGUCGGUGCUGGAAGACUUGAAAGAUCAGGCGACAACACCAGAGGCAAAGCGCUCUCAACUUCUCGUUGAUUACUACGUGGACGAAGAAGGCGCCCUCAUGAAGCCGCAGGAUGUGACUAAAGUCAUCCGCUCUAUCUCGACACAAGAGAAUGCUACCGUCCCGGGGAAGAAGAUUGUCUUUGUGUCCGGACCUGAAGGCUUCGUAAACUACUGGGCGGGACCAAAGCAAUGGAUUGGUGGGAGGGAAGUCCAAGGACCGCUGAAAGGCGUCCUUUCCGCGAUGGAUCUGGAUGACUGGGAGGUCGUGAAGCUGUGA